GAGGACAUGGCAGACAUCGGAGAACAGAAAGGACGACCACUUCCGGUACGACUGGACGUGACAAUUUACCGGGAUGACAAUGCCAGCGCAGUCCUCUCCAGAUACACUGUCAACCUCCUUCACAUGCAGACCUCCUUCCUCAGUACCAAUUUCAACCCAUUCGACGUGAGAGAAUGCAUGGACAUCCCCUCACAACGCACCUGGUUGAAGAUCACUUAUGCAGGAAUUUGGGAACAUGGAGCUUCACAGAAUCCGGAUGAGUUUAAGAAAAUUCUACUCGAGCAGAUCCAGGGAGGCACAGACAUGUCUCCUGUUAGGUUACCUGAAGUGCAGCUGGACCACGACCAAGAAUUUGUGUUUGCCACCGUGUUGCUCCUGGAACCUGCACCUUACCACUUGCAGUUCAAACAACUAGUGGACAGAAAACCCACUGAUGAUGAUGUACAGCUGGAGUUCGCUACAGACGAUGAUGACAUGUGUGCCAGCGGCUGCCUGCGGUUUUCCACAUUCGAGUGCAAAUCCUUCUACCUGUGCAAAACCCUCAACAAGAAUUGCUUCGUCAGCAACUACCUCAACUCCGGUGGCAGUGUCUUCCCGGUCAAAGCCUGCAAGCACUACCAGAGAGCUGAGAUCAAGAACACCAAGUUCCAGAAACCCAACCAGGAGAUCGUGGAUUGGAUCAUGACGAAAGUGGCUGAAGGGAAGAUGCAAAUCCAGCUGGCUUACACUGAUCAUGAUGGCAUUGAACACGAAGGCAAGUACGAGGCGAUCGGGACCGAAGAGGAACUCCUCGGUGACGACCCCAUCUUGGUGGACUUGGUGAGGGACGACUUCCACGUGGCCUACAAAACAGGGCUACCUCAAGGAGAAGUACACGGACCUUAAGUUGCCGAAGAUCAGCUACGCCCUCUGCGCCGCCGCCUGCGAGAAGCAACUGGGCUUCCGCUGCGAGACAUUCUCCUACUGUUACGGUUCCGAGACCUGCUUCCUCGCCUCCUUCGUGGUCGACACGCCGGUGCAGGAGGUCGACGUCGUGCGCAAGACGGACUGCUGGUCGUCGGGCGAAGCCACACAGACGAUUACGAGAAGCUCGAUGGGACGGUGUACACGGGCGACGCCGAUCAAGUAAUCAAAAGCACGGAUGCGGACAAGUGCGCCUACCAUUGUUCGAACGCUACCUCCAUCACUUGCAGAUCCUUUGACUACUACAAGAA